AUGUCUCGUGUAGCCGGUGAAUCGGAUCCGGUCCGUUUUCCAUGUGGAGGUGUCGUAACAAAUUGGAUUCAUCAGUACGAGUCAGGGAUUGAUGUUGGUGUUGCUCCUGAGUUGAGAGUGUAUUUUUGUUACGACAAACGGUUAUGUUGUUGUGUGGUGCAAAUUUCAAACGAGUUAGUUUUGGCUGAACUCGCUCCAUUUGACUGUCCGGCCGCUUGCCGCCACACUGCUAAAGCGAGAGCACUAAGAUAUCGCUCAGGGACCCGUCCUGAGAACCGAAUAAGUCGUUUUCGUAACCCUGGCAGUUUCGGGACUUACGGGGUUUUAACCGUGAUGUUUGAAAAGUUAGGAAAGCAGUCCAUAUUUCGAAUAGGUGCAGAAUGA